AUGAUAGCGCCGACAUUUAAAGCGCGCUCGUCCUCGCCAGCUAUUUGGCGGCCCGGGGCGCCAUCUCCUUCGGGGGGCGAAGCGCCGAGUGCGGAGAGCCCUAGCGCGCCGCCGCCGCCCCCACCCCCCGUGUGGACCCCGAGCAGUAACACUACAUCCCCGCAAACACCAAGAAAAGCCUACCGGCCUGUACACUUCGAAGAUACUCCACCACCUCGACGCAAGUUUGGGAAUUCAGAUCAAAACGGAUGUACAAGUGGUUCAGAAAACGAGGGAAGGCUUCGAACAUCGCAAAGUGCGCCAGCUACGGGACUUAAUACAUUGGGCUCGACCAGUCGCUUGCCAAGAGCACAAAACCCUACAGUAACUUUAUUGCAGAAAGCACGCGAAGGUCAAAUCCCGCGUGGGCCAAGUAAUAUCAUUACUGAGAGAGAUCCUCGUCUUCCACGUGACCGCCCAUCACCACCUAGAGGGGACCCAGUGCAUGCAUUACGGAAAGAAUACGCUAGUGAGGGUGAAGGCGACCGCCGUGAAUACGAGAGGAGUCAGAAAAUGAAUGACACAAAGAAGAAAAUUGAAGGAAUAGGACCAAUAACAAAAGACGGCAUGCCUGUGGCACUUAGAUCAGAAGUUAAGGACCCCUCGAGGUGGUACAAAAAGAUGUACGAUACGAUACAUAAAAACAAAUUUGAUGAGGAUUAUGUGACUAUUCGAUACAAAAAUCGUCGAGGGGAACUCCAAAGACCCAGUAGUAACAGAUCACAAUAUGCAUACUUCGAUCCGCGAUCUGGUUAUCUCAGUGAACCUGAAGGCGGGUUGAGACUCACGACGAGUACGUGGAGCGAUGCGUACGACAGUGACGUAACUUCCGGUCCCCGGCGACGCACUGCUUCAGUGCAAGAGGAGAGGCGAUUUGAUGAUGGGUCGUCGUAUUUAUCCAAUAAUAAGUACAGCACCUUAGCCUCAGGAAGAGCACGCCAAGAAGUAUAUAAGAACCAACCAGGAAGAAUUGAAGACUACGUGCCAGGAAAAUCGUCUGUUAUCGACAAAGAAGCGAAACAGUGGUGGGACGAGGUCAUGGACAUUUUUGACGGGCAAAAUGAAUCGAGUACACAAUCGCAAUCACAACCCUCACCGAAAGAAAAGAAAGAUCUUACAUCAGCAAUUCUCUCGAAAUCUAAUAUGGCAAGAGCAUUAAAAGAAUCGGGCUACGAAUCCGACUCGACGUUGGUAUUCCGGCGUCGAGAAGAUACAGAUCCACCGCUAUCGCCUGCAGAGCGUCGCGCCGCGUACCGUGACCUGCAAGCUGGUGGGGAACCCCCCAUACGCGGUUUUAGGUCACCAGCACCACCUAGAACAGAUGAAUCAGAAAUUGAAUAUAUCCCCAUAUCAUCUACUUUAACAAAAAUACGAGUUCAUAAAAAGACACCUCAAUUACAUGAAGUGAUUUGUUAUCCUAUUACUAACGUUGAUAAGAACUAUAAUGACAAACCAGGGAGUAUAAUGGCUGAGCAUCCUCCAAUACCUCCUCGAAGAAUAUCUUCUAAAAAUAGUCGCACACUUAAGCUAAUAACGUCUUCAAGACGAAUGUCACCCUCUCCUCAGCGAAAAACAUUUGAACAGUCUAAUGUAGAAUUUUUAAAAGAUAAAAUUAGUAGCAAAUUAAAAAGACAAAAUACUCAUGUCAUAAUAAAAAGAAACCCCACUUCAACUACGAGUCAAAGCCGGGCAAUGUCUACUUCUGCACCUCCAGCUAUAAAUAGAAAUAAAAAUGUUAUGACAACUACAAGUAUUAAACAAAAAGCAACUACAUUUAGUCCUAAAAGUACUGGAACUAGUAGUUUUAGUUCUCCCCGGAGAACAAUUCUGCCUAUUAAUUAUCCUAAUUCGGAACGAAAACGGAACGGGGCCUCAUCAUCAUCUGUAAUAGUUGAAGGCGGUGUUGGUAGGAAAACACCUAUUACGAGUAUAUUAGACAAGGUAACUUCAUUAGACAAAUUAUGGAGCUCUCAAAAGAGGAAUGAACGUAUAGAUCUUAGUAAAAUAAAACCUAAAAGUACAAUAAAAAGAACGAGCGUAUUACCCAAAGAUGUUAUUUCAAAAAUAUCAAAUCCUGGAACAAGUGUAACUCAUAAAAGUAGAGAUAUGAUGCGUACUGCAGAAAAAUUACAAAAAAUGAAAAUAUCCAGUACUCCAACUAGUAAGUCUACUCCAUGUUUACUAAAAUCAGACAAUAGACCCGUUAAAUCGAACUCUUUGCAAAUAUUAUCAAAUAUGUCAAAAUCGUCGUCUCAUAUACCUCCCAAGGCAAAGAAACAAAACCAAGUAAGAACGGCAGUUGUUACAAAUUUAAAGACAAAGAAAUCUUUGGAAAGUAUUUUGAUAAAACCUCGUAUCGAAGCAUGUAAUGAACAAAGCAAUAAAAAAGUAAAAAACUUACAUAAAAAUGUAAACAAAGUCCCAAAUAAAAAAAAUACAUAUAGAAAAGAACUGAGUAACUUACCUGAUGAAGAAGAAAGUUGUAGCCAAUUUGGGGACAUUUUAGAUGAUACAUCAAUUUUUGGCUCAAAGGAAAACUUUCAUAAACAUGAUAAAGAAAUCAGACAAGCCCGAAACGCUAUAAUUUCAGACUCUUUUUUUCAACAUCUCUUUUUUAAAAAACAAUUAAUUAAAGUAUCUGAUGAGCAUUUAAACCAAAAGUUUAUGAAUACAGUACAACAAAAAGCUAAAUUAUUUCAGUCCUUACCAGAAACUUAUUUAAACACUAAUAGUUCAACAAACACGUAUUUAAUUCACCGUAAGCCAGUCUCACUCUCACGUUUCAAAAUGUGGGACAGACAACUAAGUCCUAUGCACAUCCAAAGUUCAAGAUCUAUUUCAUGGCCUGGAAAAAUGGAUGGUAAAAUUCGGAAAUUCGAUAGUUUAAUUAAAUGCGAUAGUGAAUUCGGGUCAACAUCUUCAUUAGCAACAACAAGAAGUAGAAGCGAACCACCUGGUAAUAAAUUAUACUUUUCUCAAACAUCCCGACCAGUUUCUCCUACAGUAGUGUUCCAUAAGAAAAAACAAGAACAAAUACUUGAUAAAGGUUCAGUAUCGCCGACUAAAUUAGAACAUUUACAAACUAAAAAAAUCUCCGCAAAAUCAUCUGAUUUGCCUAAAAAAUCUGAAGAGUUAAGGAAAUACGCUUCACCAACAAAAAAUAUAUUUGAGUCUGUAAAAAACGGUGGAACAUCUAAGGAUUCUGAUAAAAUUCAAAGUACAAUGUACUUUUCUCAAACUUCACGACCUGUGUCUCCAAAAAUUAUUGACAAAAGGUCAACCAGUAGAAGUAUAUCGCCACUAUCAAUUAGAUCUCCAUCUUACCGCCGUAUUCAUAAUGCACGAACACAUUCAAAGGUAGAGUCUAUAAAGAAAGGAUCGAGAACGCGAAGUGCUGAUAAUGUCGAGAAAGAAAUAGAUCAAAAUCAAAUGUCUAUUAGGACUAAAAGUGAUUCUAAUUUAUUUACAAAUGAUCCAGAAUACGACGAGUACAUACGUGAUAUUCAAAACACAAAGGGUAGGUCUGAACGAUUUCGGGAACUGAAUCGAUAUUAUGCUUAUUUAGAAAGGGUGGCUGAAUUAGAAAAAGCUACAUCAAGCAGAAAUCUAUGUUGUAGAAAAAGAGAUGAAGAAAUAAUUGAUUUUGAUCGAUGGAAAAAAAUUCGCACAAUUGAAAGAGCAGAAGAAGAACUUAACAAUUUAUAUACUAAAUUAAAACGAGCUCAAAAUGAAGAUGAUGUCUUUUUUUAUCCAAAAGAUGUUAACGAUAUCAGAUGGAAUUUUAAUAGAGAAAGAGGCUUAAGGGCAAAAGAAAAAUCUGUAGAGGACUUAAAAGAAGAAUUGCAACAUAAAAACACCCAAGAUAUAAAUGAAAUAGAUCAUUAUCAAAGCAAAGAUACUUACAAACCAUUGUGGAGAGGAACCAGUGUUGCUGAAACAGCUAUUAAUAUAAACAAAAAGAAUGAAGAAGACAAAGGACCUCCUAAAAGUAUUAAACCGGUAAUAAAGGCACAGUUAAAACAAGAUUCUUUAUCUGAACUAAGAAAAAAAAUCGGAAUUGGUAAUCGAUUAUGGAGCAGUUUAUCAAUGGACCAAGUAAAUGCUUUAAAAAAUCAAUUAAAUGCAAUAUAUAGUAAAGAAUGCGAAUCAAAAUCAAAUAAGGAUCAAGAGAAAUACACAAUUGAAGUUAAAAAUAGUAAAAAUGAGCUUAAUCCCGCGCUUCAUGUAAGAUGUAGUUCAUUAGUCACACCUAAAACAAAAAUACAUGAACCAGAAUUAAGUAAAUCUGAAUCAAUUGCAGCAAUAAACUACCCUUUAACUUCUGAAAAAGAGUUAAAAAACAAUGUUAACAAACUGCAAAUGUCACUAAGCGAAAUUGAGAAGAAAAAAAUAUCACAGUCUUUGAGUAAAGAAAUUUUAAAUCGAAUAAAUAAGUUCGAUGCAAUACCUAAAACUCAAGAGACUGAAAAACCUGUAGCAAACCAGGUAAGUAAUAAUAGAUGUGAGGAAAGAAAUAGGGAAGUGAAGAAUAUCGAAACUGAUACCCAAUCACAAGCUUUGCAAAUUGCAUAUUCAACUCAAAAAAGUGAAACAUUAAACCAGUCGUCAGCUAGUGAAGCAGAAACUGGAAGUUCAGAUAUCUCAGGUCAGACUGUUAUUUAUAAAGGUCCUAAGAAAGACGUUCAAAAGAAAGUGGAAUAUUUCGAAUCAGUAAAAGAAGAUAAAAAACAACUUAAUACUAUUUAUCAUGCAAACGAUAGCUCAGACGACAAAGUUACGUCAAAAAAUGUCAUUAAGGUUUUAAGUUCUAAUGAAUGUAAAAGAGAAAAGAAUCAAAUAUUUUUAUCACAAUCAUGUGCAAAUAUUAAAGAAUUAUUCGGUGAAAUUGAAAAAAACAAAUUUUUAUCGUUACCAUACAAGACUGACCUAUAUUCGAGAUCACCAUCGCCGCAAUCGGAAGUGUACGUGAGCGAUCGAAAUACGCCUGACACGCUAAGGUUUUCUAGUGACGAGACAAUCUGGCGUAGUCGAAGCCCGUCCCCCGAUCCGGAGCGUUACUGGCGGGCCUACCUUAAGCUGGCACGUGAGGGGGAAGUUCGGCGCCUUGCACGACGUUUCGAUUCACCCUCCGCAGCGGGCGCAGUAUUGCGACGAUUUCGUAGCGAUCCAGAAAUAAUACGAAACGAUAUUAAAAAAAGCUGGCCCUCUAGUGAAAGGGCCUCUAGAAGGGAAAAAUGUAAGACUUUACUACCAGUGGCACGCAUGCCACUUCGACCUAGUAAUCGAUAUAUGCCGCAUAUUGACGUUAUAUCCAAACUAGCUGCACUUCAUAGACGUAAUAAUACACGAUCUCGAUCUGCUGAAGAAGCCUUAGAAUGUCGUCCUGGAGAAGUAGAGCGUAUUCGCCGCCGAUUCGAAGCAAUGUCACUUCUUGGCCAAAUAUACACAUCUGCUCCUGACGUCAGUGACCUUCAAAAUAUUGCAUCAUAUUUAAAAGGCCCAUGGAUCGCUCAUCGGUAUCCAAAACCCGAAGAUAAUAAUAGACCAUUACCAGAUUUUUCUACCUUAGUCCGAGGUCGCAUCACACCUGACAAGAGAGAUAAAACUAAAAAAAGUCAAGAUUCAAUAAAAUUGAGCUCCAUACUUAAAAGUGAAUCAUUAGCGAAACAAGCUUUCGAUCCGUCGGCCCAUAGGCCGGCCAGCCGCUAUGAGCCUCCACGCACGCCGCCCCGACCUCCGCAGGCGUCGUGGCCCCAUCGUGUAGCGCCCUAUGUCACGUCAUCGCGACACACAGUUACCUUUCAAGGU